UUUUUGAGCCUCUCUAACAAAUUAAUCAAAUCUCAGGGGGAGGUUGUGGGAGCCUCCAAUCUGUAGCAGGGAGGUCAGAAACACAGGUAACAGCCUGGGGCUUGUGACUGGCACCUGGAGUUGGGGGUGGAGGGCAGUCCCGUAGGAUGGAGCCCUUAACCCGGGAACUGGUGCUGUCUCCAGGCAGAUAGCAUCAGAAUUUAGUUGAGUUCUCCAACACCCUGCUGGUGUUUGAGAAUUGCUACCACACGCGUAUAGACAUUGGAAUCUGGUCUGGGAACCCAAAAGGAGUUAUACUACUGUAUAAUACCAUUUUUGCUGUUGUAUAUGAAAAAAAAUACUGCAUUUAGCGUCAGAGGAGUGGGAUUUGUUAGAUCCACCAGUGACCCACUGACUCACUGAAAUAUGUGGUUUUUGAAGAGGAAGAAUGAAGGGGGGGUGAGGUAACUUUGAUGUCUGGAUAUCUACCAGGUCACCCAAGGUCUGUAACAGCGGCUGCACUGCUGUUAUUAAAGGCUACCAGUGGAAUUUAGAAAUGGCAGUGGACCCACCCCCUAAGGAGCUGGCUCACUGGAUAUGAAAGGAAGUGCAAACCAGUAAGAAUCAGGCUAUAUGUACCACUCCCCUGCUCUUGUUAUCUGCAACAGCCAAACUGAAAAUAAAGGAAAGCACUUGGCCAGGGCUUGAUGCUGAACAAGCUUGGUUUUGGGUCAAUCUGAGCUUUGGCCAUUACCUCAAAGCCUAGAAGGGGAAAAUCACAUCUGAGCAACAGGACGUACCUCUAAGACCUCUGGUCACCAAGAAGAUAGUUAGUGUAGGGGGAGGUGAGAACCAGGAAAUGACUGAGACUCGGGGACAGCGUGAAGGAACGGGUUCAUUCUGUGGAUCUGUAUCACCAGCUUCCCAAAGAACCUUUCUGAAGUGGUUUGUGAGAGUAACCAGUUGGGGCUCUGUCUUUGGAUUUGAAUGCUGCAGAGCUGGAGAGCGUGUUUGGGCUGAUGCAGGACCCACAGCACACUACUGUGAUCCAGAUACACAGGAGGUUAUUCCCAGGGGAACAGUCGGGCCCGGUGGACUGGAUAAAAGCCACUAUGAGUUCUGUUUAUCCUGAGAAGGGGGACUGCCUGACUCCUAUAAAUGCCAAAUGGAACACCCCAGAUGAAACAGCUGAUUUGCUUCAUAUGCAAGCCAUGGGAUUGGCUUUAUGAUGACCGAGAUAUGCACCCACUGAAUAUUCCUGUUACACAGGCUAUGGUAAAUGCUGUGAUUAAGGGGACCCUGUUAUGUGGCACCCCAUGUAACUACUACUACAAAAUCGGACAACAGUUGGAGAAGCCCUAUCAGAUUUGUUAUCUUAGCUUCCCCGCUUGGGUCUUACUGACACCAAGAGCAUUAAAGUAAUUAAGAAAAUGGGAGAGACAAAAGGGAGAAUCAAGGGUUUCCACCCAACAGAGUGGAAGUCUUCAGAUGGUUAUGGGAAAAUGGGAUGAAUAAAGUGGAUAUUGAUGGGGUUGAAACAAAGGUGUUACUGCAGCCCUACCAGAGAUUGGGUGGGCCAGUGGGACCCCCUGUUGCUCCCCCAACAUUACAGAGGCCCAAACAAGUCUGCUCUAUUUACCCAGUUUGGAGGAAUUUAAAAAGCUUGAAGGCCAAGAUUAUAAGAAACCUAAUCAGGAAUCCCCUGGGGUGGUAGUCAGGUGGAUGAAGCAAGUUGAACAUUGACAAAAAGGCCGGGGUCUUCUGGCUACACUCCAGCUGCAGAACUGAGGCCAUUUUUCACAUUUAUAGGUAAAAUGGUCAGGGGGAGGGGAAGAAACUUUUCUGAGACUCCUCGAUGUGUGAGUUCAAUGCACUGUGAUUCCAAAAACUGUUGAGGUCUGUCCAGAGCUAAGAUUAGGUUGGGAGGCUCUGGAGACAUAAUGGUUGAUUGGAUUAAGGUGAAAGUUUACAUGAAAAUUGGGGAUAUGAGAUUUUGUGUGUGGUGGUUGCAUCUCCUUUACCUGAAUGUAUUAUUGUGAUGGAUUAUGUCUGACUGGGGAUUGCUUCCCCCGCCUAAUACUGUAAAACAAAAGGCAUGUAAGCCCGCCCUCAGGCCAGUUUUAACUGGGCAUGCUAAAUGAGAAAUGCUAGAGCUUCCCAAGCCCACACAGGUGGUUAACUUAAAGCAGUAUGGAAUACCUGGUGGACAAAAAGAGAUCACCACUUUAAUGAGUGACAUGCUUGAAGCUGGAGUGGUGGUACCCACAAAUUCACUGUAUGAUAGUCCUGUGUGGCCUGUGAAAAAGGCAGAUGGCUCAUGCAGACUAACAGACUAUCGAGGCUUAAAUAAAGGUGCACUGCCCAUAGCCUCAGCAGUUCCAGACAUGGUCUCAACCACAUAGAAAAUACAACAGGCUAAAGGAAGCUGGUCUUCAGUGAUUAACCUUGGAAAUGCUUUACCCAUAAUGUCUUGGGUGAUGUCAGAGAAACACUCUAGUAAGGAAGGUAGUGCCCGGAAGAGUUCGGUAAUAAAAUGGAAAUGGUUCAUACAGGAGAAGGCUGCCAGCAGAAGGUAAGGAGGCCCACACUGUAUCCAUGAACAGGUAGCCUCUUUUCCUCUAGGACCAAUGAUGGAGCCACCUGGUGAGCUGCCAGAACUGGCUGCCAUGUGCGCUGUGACCUGUGAACAGCUCUCAGCUGAACAGCAAAGAGCUGCUUGGUUUACAGGUGGCAGUUCUGAGAUGGACAAUAUCCUGUUCAGAAAGCUGCUGUUUUAAGACCAAAGGAUGGCAAGACUCUGGUGAAGGAAGGUAAGAACAAACCAGCUCAGUGGGCUGCACUGCCUGCUGUUUUCCUGGCAGUAGUGGAAGAACUGAACCAUGAUUAAAGCCCCUAUGUUUGGAUUUUUAUGGACUCCUGGGAUGUAGCCAAUGGGCUGGCUGUAUGGUCAGGUUAGUGGGCAAUGGGAAACUAGACUAUUAAAGGAAUGCCUGUGUGGAGUGCAGCCCUAUGGAAAUCACUAUGAGAAUUUAAGGGGCGCAUUAAAGUAGGACAUGUCGAUGUCCAUCAGAAGAAUACCCUUCCAGGAUCAGCAGAAGGUGACUGAAACCACCAAGUGGACCUGUUGAUGUGUUCCCUUGAGGCAGCCACUGGGUCCAUGACAUGAGUGGACAUGGGGGAGCUGCAGCAGUGCAGACACAGGCUGAAUCUAGACAUAUUUCUGUUGCACCCUGUGAGGCACAGAAUGCCAACAGGAACUGUUCUGUCAACAAGAGAGACAAAGACUGCAGCUGGUUAUGGGGAAAAUUCCCCGGAGGGAAGGCCCCUCACAUAGCUGGCAAGUGGAUUACAUUGGAUCAAUGCCAGUAGCCCCUAAGGGCUAUAAAUGGGCCCUAACUAGAAUAGACACUUAUUCUGGACUGGGCUUUGCAUACCUGGUGGUAGAUGCAAAUGUUCAAAAUACCAUUAAAGGAUCGGAACAGAAGAUACUGUACCAAUUUGGACCACCAAGUUACAUCUUUUCAGACCAAGGGACACACUUUAUUGCCCAUGGUGUCCAACAGUGGGCCAGGAGACAUCACAUCAGAUGGACAUACCAUGUUGCAUAUCAUCCUCAGAGCAAUGGUUUAAUGGAAAAUUGGAAUGGGCAGUUGAAACAUUUGCUGUCUCAAACAAGGGAAGAUAAAGGUAUGGGGGCUGUCUUACACACCUUAAAGAGUGUGUGCUCACACUUAACAUGAGGGGGGCUAAGGGAGGGCCCCCACUGGAUUGAUUCCUCCACUUUUCCAGGGGGUCUGGGGAAGAGAAGUUUGGGGAGGAUGCUGGUGCGACUAUACAGUUCUUCCCCACAUCACCACAACUUUCUUUUUUUCCUACUGGGUGCAGUGGUUCCAGACCAGGGCUGCAACUGCGGGUGCCAUAAGUAGCGAAGGUUACCAAACAAGAAACUGAAACUGCAACCUUAUUCUUAAACUUUUAUGUCAGAAUUCCUAAGGGACUGAUGGAGUGGAUUGUGACUUCACCCCACCUGGCACAGCCAUGCUGCCUUGUAGCUGGGACAACCCGUUAGCUCUGUACCUGUGUGACCCUCCCCUACAUGAGUGGGAGUGGACUUCGGGGGAGCCACUUGAUAGACUAGUAUUGCUUCCAGCAAUCUGGACCAGCACAGUAACCGGGCCUGAUGUCCCCUCCACAGAAAAGUCUGGGUAAAGAUAAAUGACAAAUGGAAGAGAAAGAGAAAUUAUGGCUGAGGGUAAAGGGAUGAAUAAGUGGGUUAUGCAACAAAGGAUAUCCAACAUUUUAUUAAUGCCUCGAUAGAGGCUCAGAGCAAGAGAAUAAUCUCUCUUAGCAAAAGCAGACCAGAUGCCGAGAAGGGUGACACUAUUUAUUUGCCAAAACCACUUCCGCUUUUGGAACCUGACAAGAUUGAAUGAUAGCCUGUGAACUGGAGUUACAUCGCACUGGGAGAAACUCUGGUCAUGAGAAAUGUUUACAAAUGGACCAACAUAAAAACAUUUGUGAUGAUUUUACAGGACAAGUGAGUUGUUUCUUUGAAUCUGUCCCCACCUGACACUGGCUUUUCCAAAUGUUAGGCCUAUUUGCAUUGGUACUAUUGUUCUAUCUGUUGUAUAAAUACUGUACCAGAUGUAAGUGCUGUGACACAUAUGGUCAUUUUGCUGUAAGGAGUCUGUGUUUGAAUACCAGGGUGUGGACUGAAAUAAUAAUGAGUUGUAAGAAGUACAUACUUGGUCAUUCAUAUGACCAAAUAUAUACGUUUCCCAGGUAUAUUUGGUCUUCACAGUUCCUGAAAACACUGCAGAGUCUUAAAGGUGAAAUGGGGGUCUAGUCAUGUUAAUGAGACUUGGACCCCCACCCAAGGGCAGGGGCUGGAGGUUGAAUCAGCCAAUAGCCAAUAAUUUUGUCAAUCAUGACUAGGCAAUGAAGCCCUCACAAAAAACCCUGAAAAGAGUUUAUUGCUCUCUUGGACCCUGCUUUGCUGUUGGAGAGAGCUUCUGUGCUUGGGGAACCAGAAUGCUCCCAUGUGCCAUCUCGCCAGGCCCCAAGCUCCCUAAGGAUAGAAGCUCCUUUAUUUGGGACCUUGUCCUCUGUAUCUCUUCAUCUGGCUGUUAACUUAUAUCCUUUAUUAAACUGGUAAGUAUGUUUUCCUGAGUUCUGUGAGACACUCAAGCAAAUUAAUCGAACCUACAGGGGAGGUGGUGGGAACCUCCAAUCUAUAUCCGGUUGGUCAGAAACACAGGGAACUGCUUGGGCCUUGUGACCAUCAUCUGGAGUAGGGGUGGGGGGCAGUCUUGUAGAAUGGAGCCCUUAGCCUGGGGAAUCUGGUGCUGUCUGCAGGCAGCUAUCAUCAGAAUUGAGUUGAGUCCUCCAACACCCUGCUGGUGUUCAAGAAUUGCUUGGUGUUAUGUGUGGGAAGACCCCCCUCACACACAUACAUGCACAUACUGGAAUUGGGUCCAGGAACCGGAAUGGAGUUAUACUACUAUUAUUGCUGUGUAUAAUACUCUUGCUGUAUAUAUGAAAAACAACACAUUUCCCAGAAAAAUCAAAUAGAAAGAGAAAAUAUCCAAAUGUACAAGCUUAAUUUAACAAGAUAGGAAAAACUUAAACUGUUAUGUUCUUGUGGCCUGGCAUCACAUAAUCAUAGUCAUUUGGUCAAUAUAUAUGAUUAAUUCAGUGAGAGAAGAUGUUUGGCUGUAAGGCCAGGUACAAAAAAAGUAUUUUCUUGGAAGAUUGCUGUCUCUUAUGUAAUACCAGUAGGUGUGUGAGCGAGCGUACAGUCACAACUUCCAAGUUCUUUCUGAAAUACUCUGCAUCAGUCUUAAUGGUGAUUUACAGCACUAGGGUGGAUCUUCCAGGUGUCUAAGGUAACACAAUCAUAAUGUUCUGCUCAUUUUUAUCAAAAGAAAAAAAUAUGUAUGGUCAUUUCAAAGUCAGCAUAGUCACCAAAAGCCCAAAAAAAAGCCUCAGAGGCAAAGGGAAGGGGCUGACACCCUGAGAACUAAAGAAUGACGAAUGAGAAAACUCCUCCCUGCUGAAGAUACUCAGGUGUAUAAAGGGCACAUGAAGGAACACUUAAGACCUAAAACGUCAUUGCCAAUCUUGAGUCUUGCAGAUUUCUUAGCUCAGAAGAAAAAUGAGCACCAAAAGUGAUAUGAUUCGGAAGCACUGGUUGUUUGUAUGCUUUGUGGGUCUGUUCAUCACUGGCAUCCUCUCUCUGGAUUGUAACUUGCUGAAUGUUCACCUGAGUAGAGUCACCUGGCAAAAUCUCAGACUUCUGAGCAGUAUGAGCAAUACAUUUCCUGCAGAAUGUCUAAGAGAAAAGAAAGCUUUUGAGUUGCCCCAAGAGAUCCUAUCAUACAACCAGCCUGUGAAAAGGGACAUCAAGGAGGUCUUCUAUGAAAUAUACAUACAAGCCUUCAACAUCUUCAGUCAAUACAACUUCACAUCCACUUGGGAAGAGAAGCAUGUGAAACAAAUCCAAAUCGGACUUGAUGAGCAGUUGCAGUACCUGGAACAAUGCUUGGAAGAAGAGGAGAAGGAAAAUGAAGACAUGCACAGGAUGGGAGAGGAGGAGAUGAAACACUCAGGAGCUAUGGUUCCCCAGCUGAGCAACCUAGAACUGAGGAGAUACUUCCACAGGAUAAACAAUUUCCUGAAAGAUAAGAAAUACAGUCACUGUGCCUGGGAGAUCGUUGGAGUGGAAAUCAGAAGAUGUUUCUACUACUUUGUGAAAUUCACAGAACUACUCAGGAGGAAAUAAGGUAUAUUUUUAGAAUUAAAAUUCCAUGUCUUUCCCAAAUCUCCUUCUCCCCUUUCAUCUUUUUAAGAACUAUUCUAUUGUCCUAUAAGCCUGCCCUAGCUUGGCUUGGUGCGGGUUUAUGUAAUGUUUACUGUCCCUAAAGUUUGGCCUUGUGACAUCAGCCACAGUCGCCUAAGAGAGGUGAUGCCGGCCAUCCCCUGGAUGACCAAGAGUCUUGUAAAGUCCUGAAGACAGUUUUAAAGGAAUAAGAUUCCAUCUCAAUCUUCUACUAUCUCCUUCUCUUUCCUUUUGCUAUUUUGUACUUGCUUUGCUCUAUUACCUUUGAACUUCACCAAGCCAAUAUCUAAAGGACAUGGAUCAGAGGAUAUUGUAGAAUGUAACACCUCAACGACUUAGCCCUUUUGCUGCCAAAGUUGUUUAUUCUAUGAAUGUCUGGCAUGUUAAAAGCUUAUAUAAACUUCCACAGAGUUAAAACCCUUCUUUUUUGGGAAAUCCUACCCUCAAAAAAAUAAAGGUUGAAAUGUCUGGCCCAUUUGCUUCUCAGCUUGAUUUGUUUGAAAUGAUACAAAGUUUGUUAGAUGGUAUUUUAUUAGUUUAAGAGAAUGAAGCUCCAUACCAUACUCUUGUAUUACUGGAUGAUUGAAUUAGAGGACCACUAACUAAGUGCUCUUUCAAACUUUCAGAGCAUAUGAUUCUAAUGCAGACAGCAAUGUUCAUUCCUAGUGCAUAUUAUUUGAUGUCUAUAUCUAAAGGCAUGGAAAAUGCUGCAGAAAAGUAUAGUAUCUGACUUACACUGUUGUUUGGUGGAUGUGUGUGCCUGAAAUGAAAUGCCUAUAAUCAUACUACAAAAGAAUUUCACAUUGGAUUUUCCCAACUAGAAGAUCACUUUCUUUCUGUUAAGCAAACUAGUCAACCUAAUAACAUAUGACACUUUCAUAUACUUUAUCUUUUUAAAAAGUUAUUUUGUACCUGAUUCACCUAGAUGAUUUAUUUAAAUUUGCUUGUGUGGUCCUCCAUCCAAAUUAAUUCAUCAUCUAGGUGAAAUAAAUUUUCUUUUCCUCUCUCUCUCCACCCCAUUUCAGAAUCAUCUACCUUCAAGCAAGAAUAUAGAGAUGGGGGUACAGAAAUGCACAUAAGAGUGUGACAUAUACCUGGCUCAGCCCUUGAAGACCUCUCCUGCUAUUGUUUUAACAUCAUGCUGCUAAAUCAUUUAGAUUCAGGAUUUAUCCAAGUACAGGGCUCAUGUGAUAUAGCCAAACAGAAAACCUUAUGAUAAAACUGAGGCUAACUUCAGACAAAAGUUUUAAAAAAUGUUUAAAAGAACAAGAACAACUUGUGGAUCAUGGUGUACUGGUUAUCAGCGGAAGGAGCACAAAUAAAUUUAGUAUAAUCCAUUUUCUAAAAACAACUCACCAACAGACCUAUUCAAAAUUCUUAAAAAAGUACUAUAAACUGUAAAGAAGUUGGCGUAUGCAGGCUACUAAGUAUAAAGUAUACACUUGGUCUUUUCCAUGAAUUUCUCUAAUAAUGCCUUUGUGAGGCACAAGUUUCCUACAGGACAAUAUGGGAAUCUUAAGUAUCCUUAAGAAGUGCAUUAUUAACCAAUGAAUUAACUAGUAACUACUGGGAUUAUGUCAGUUACUUCAAUAAUUUAUGAUUUCAGUCUUGCCAAACGUUUGCUAUAUAAGAGGAAGAGAAUUGGCACUCUGAGUCAAUAAAGACGGUCUGAUUAUACAGGUGGUGGGGAAGGGGGUGAGAAGACAUAACAGCUUUUACUAAGAGUACCUCUAGUCAGAAAAAGAACACUCCCAUUGAAAAAUAGGUAAGGCCACAAACUGGCAUCACAGAAAGGAAAAAAUACUAACAGACAAAUGAAAAAUGUUUAAUCUCAUUUGUAAUUAAAGAAAUGCAAGAGAGGACAAGAUAUUCCCCUCCCAUCAGUCUGGCAGAGAUGAAAAAGAAUGAUAAUACAAAAUGUGAGUUUGGGGUAGAGUAUAAGAAAAAAAAAAUCCUCUUGUGUAUUGUUGGGAGAGAGGGUAACCAGCCACGAGUUUCUGAUAGGGCAAUACAGCAAUCAUAAAUGUCCUAAAAAAUGCAUUAACUCCUUCGACCUAUCUAUCUGGUGUCCAGAAAUGUAUUCCAAGAAAAUCAUUGGAUCAAACUGUCCCUGGAGGCUCGUUUUCAUUUUCAUCUCUCUGUAUCCUCCAUUUCUUCUAGAGUGAUUUUUUGGGGGGAAUUUUUUUUUUAGUUCUAAAGUUAGAGAAACUGUGCAAGCUUAUCUUCCAGUACAGUUCCCCGUUUUCCCUACUGGGGUAGACUGGGAUAAGUACUCUUUCCCUUUCUCUUUGUUAAAGAUGCCGUGGGUGCUUCUGGAGCACCCCCAGGCCCUUCUCACUUCUCUCCUGCUGCUGCUAUGGCUAAAUUUCAAAGGAAUCCUUCCUUGGGGAUCAUUUUCAUAAUGAAAUGUUUGUGAAGUGUCUUCCUGUACUUAAAAUUUCUUUUUUUCUUUUGUCCCACUGGUAACAUCCAGAAAUCACUGGAGAAAGAACUCUGUGUCCACAAUCCUGACUCAGCAGUCUCCUUUGUUUUUCUUCUUUAUUAAAAAAAAAAUCUCAAAAGUUAAGUCCAGUAAAGGGAAACUUUAGAACUGUGCAAAACCAAGUGUGCAUUUCCACUUAAAUGCCUGAGUGGGUACACAGGUCAGAGUUGUUCAGGAGGAAGCUUCCUCCCUCUCCUGGCUUGGGGGAGGGAUCAACAGGUGGGGGAUAAAAAGAGUGUAACUGAGUCUCCUUGGAGGAGGGACUGAGUGGGCCUCCCACAGAAAAAGCUGGCAACUCAGGUAUUCAUAAAGCUAUGAGCAUUAUAGGUUCCAACAGGUGCACAGACUAGGCCUCCCCUCGCGGGCAAAGUGACUCUCCCAAUACCACCUGCGGCUCUGCCUUCUCAGAGUGGCUACUUUGCUUCUGCCCAAAUUCUUUAAUAAUCCACACUAAGAAUAGCAUAAUGUAUUAAUAAUCUAGUGAGGGAAAGCAGGUACUCAGGACCAUCUGUAAUCUAACAGGCGCCUCCACAGGGGAACCCCAGGCCAAUGCCAAGCCACCACUGCUCAGCGACUUGGAAGCUUUAACACUGUCCUGGCAGCGUCUGCACUGAGUCCCCUGGGUCUGCUUCUCUUAAAUGUUGAGAGGGGACCUGGGAUUUAAACUUGGAGCCCUAUGCAAAGUCAGAACUCCACAUCUAUUCUGGAGGGAACCACCUCACCACAAUUUCUGGGCAAAGUCUUGAGCCUUCCUAGGUUAUUUCCAGCUCCAUUCUCAGGAAGGCGCCUGGCCUGUCUUCCAGCCCUGGGAAACUCGCAGACCUCAGAACCUGGGCUUUCUGCCUACCACAAGUGCCCUGAUCCCAUCCCACUGCCUUGGCAGCGGGCCAGCCACACGCCUUGGGCGGAGAUCGGAAUCCCCUGGAAUUCACCAAAAGGCACCCUGCAAUCGAGUGGAACCUCGCUUCCACUCACGACAGCUUCCCCCCUGUGGGAUCUGGGACCUUUGUGGUGCAUCUGGGAUAAGAUCUGAGAAAUGAGCCCUGGGCCACCGGCAGCCGAGAAGGCGGGGAAGGAACAACUUUCCCUCCGCCCCCUAACCACAAGGCCCGGGAGGGGCGGCCUAGCCGGGGACCGGCUCCGCUCUAACCCGGGUCAGUAUCCCAGGCAGGAGGUGACCCGGUGACUGGAGUAGGGGGGUAGGGGGGGUGGACAGCGACGUGGACGAGAAAGGCUUCCUUCUCUCCCCAGGUUCUGCCAGAUGUUGGAAAGGCAAACAAUAGGGGAAAUGCGGAAAAACAAAAGGCCAUUCGCCACGAUCUCAAUCGGCUCUGUCGCGUGGUCCCUCCCGGGAGGCGGGGGGUAGGGGUGGGAAGGACAGGGGGUUCAGGAAGGUGGGGGAAAGGGGCUCCCAAGGAGUUCGGAGUCUCUAGUACUUCCUCGCCAGGCUCCGGGUAUCGGCCCUUCACUCUUCCGAGGGGUCCAGAGGCAGAAAGCAGAAAUCAAAGGAUAGUUGGAGGGCUUUCACCUUCCUCAGUGCAGGGCAUGGGAGGGGCUGCGAUGCCAGAUGUUUGACAGUUGUUGGCCCAACGGUUCAGCUGGAUUUUGUAUGUCCUUCACACACCUCCUCCUCCACGAAGCACCCACAGCCCCGGGGCGCCCCGGCCGAGGAGCGGAGUUUCCCUCCGCAGCCCCCAAGCCGAGCCUCCUCCUUCCAGAUCAAGCCUCCCUAACGCUGUCCCCCUGCCCGGGCGCACUUUCGCGAAAGUUUGUCUUCCCGCCGCCCACAGCCCAACACGCACCCUGCAGUCAUCGCGAUUCGGGAUGGGCUCGGGAACAGACUUGUAACCCGAAGGAAGAUGGAUUUUAUUGAUUUAUCUUUUUAAAAUCAAGGCCGCGGGGCGGGCGGCGGGGCUGCCUCUGGUUCCUGACUGGGAAGGGCGCGCGAGGGGCCGGCCCGCAGCCGAGACGCGGGCAGGGGGCUGAGGCGGAUUCCAGCCCCGGAAGCCCGCGGAUGGCGGGCUGGGAAACGGGGUCCUCCACCUCCCGCCCCCCUUGUGCACCGGCCCCCCAGGUGCGCCCCGCACCUUUGGCCCCCUGGGCGCGACGCGGGGCGAGCAGCUGCCCGGCUGCGCCACCUCCCCUCGCUUGGAGCGGGUUCUC